AUGGUGAUUCUGAAAGCUUUUAAAGAUGAGUUGGAGGCGAGGUUGAUGAUCACCCCAACUAACACCGACAACGACGGUAUCACGAAACAGGUCGCAGAAUCCGUGCCCAAACACGCUUCCUCUCUGUCCCACGCGACGGCUGGCGGUCGCCGCGCCCGAUGCGCCGUUUCAUCAUCGGGGCCAAGGUUGUUGCCAGAGCCCACGAGGUCGUUGCCAGGAAGGUUAAAAGAGAUCCUCUGGCUGGAGAGGAAGAGUAGGAGGGCAAAGGAACGUCAGAAGUUGACGGCGUUGUGGGCAGGAGCUGGAAGUGUUGGGAUUGGGUACCAGCGGCCGUGGGAGGCGUCGUGGUAUUGGCCCCAGAUUCCCGAUGGAUCAAGUUCCAACGAACCACGUUCGUGCAACAAUACCAGGAUGAACCAACGGUCCAAGACCCAACUCGGAGCACCCCAUAUCUGCAUGAGACUGUACACAAUUGUCGGCGGCCGUUCCGAUUUAAGUCUCGGCCCCGUCAACACUCCCUUCCAAGUUCUUUCAACUUUGCGGCUACCGGACGACGGAGGACAUGAAGCUAGCUUGUGGGAUGCAAUGGGACAAUGCUGGGUUGACUGCUCUCAAUGCUGCUAUGGAUGGGGAUGCAGGAGGCGUCUCGUGGCUUCAAAGGGGUUAAAACCUUCCUGUGGGUCAAAAUGUCAAAAGUCAAAUGUCAACAAGAUGUCUUCCCCGCCAAGUCCCCACAACCCCCGCUAUCGACGGCCCGCGCUCACCCGGCUCACCCAGCUCACCUACUUGAUCACAGGUAGUUAUUUCCACACGCCAACGAAGCAGCAACAACCUCCUCGCAUCAUGCAUGGCAGCGUUGAGCGCCUCGGUAGCCGCCACGCGAUCAGCUACAUGCAUAUGCCAUUGUUAGGAGUUUUAACCUUUGGUGAUUCCGUUUUGUCCCGUGCAAUUGUCGCUUGGAGCAGUUUUCGCCCAAACUGGCCGUGCAGAGCGCAGCCACACAAUGCGAGGGUGUGCGUUGAGCGCUGGCACUGGCACCACUGCGGGGCCGCCAGACUCCACGGCCUAGAAAGCCUCGCUUUUCCUCCCGCUUUAGGUUCUGCCGCCACGCUUGUGAACACCCGUCUCCCCCCGCCAAGUCGUCCGAACUGGCUGUCGACGACAGCGUCAAAGCGGCGCUCGACCGCUCUUGCCCAUUUCAUUCCAUAUUUCCGGUACCCGAUCAUCCGCCACAUCCCUCUUUUACUUCCAACAUCGUCGACCAGCGAAGCCGCCUUUGCUGAAAGCCCCCGAAAAGUCGAAUUCGAAUCUCUCCUCCGCGUCUUCCGCGACUGCCACUAUAUUACCCUACCCUAUACGCCGGCCCUUCCGGCUCUGCUGCCAAUCCCAACCGACGUGACAGCCAAUUCCUGUCAGGAUUUCCCUUCCGCGACGCGCCGAUCUUCAUCUCCGAACCCCGUUACUCGACCGCCGACAAGAUGCGUUUCCGGCAGACUCGGCAUGUCCUCUCCGAAGCCGUACCUGUCCUUUGACACAGAAGACAUCAAGGCACUCAAGCACGAUUGGCUGACGGAUAGUGCCAUCGCGUUCUGGGAAGAGUGGCUUGAGCGAGAAGUCUUGCCCAAAUAUCCGCAGGCCCGGAUUAUCCUCCUUCGUCCCGUGGUCUCUCAUCUCUUGAUGCAGACGACCGACCUCAAAAACGACGCUUCCGCCUUGCCCGACUUCCGUAAGGUCACACAUAUCUUCCUGCCAAUAAGUGACAGCCGCGACCGUUGGAACGCCGACAGCGGGAGCCAUUGGUCCCUUCUCCUUGUGUCCGUGAUCGACCGGGUAGCAUUCCAUUACGACUCCCUCGGAGGCUCUAACUACUCGGCCGCGAAGAGGGGAGUAGAUCGCCUCAGCAUUGUGCUGGGUCUCCCCCUGCGGUUUCAUCAGCUAGAAGACACUCCCCAGCAGGAAAAUAGCAAAGACUGUGGCGUCUUUGUCUGCAUAUUGAUGAGACACCUGCUGAUCAAGCGCCUUCUCAACGCGAACGCUCAUGAAAAGGUGUCAAUGUCGAUGGCGGGGAAGAUGGUUGACAGCCGCGGCGGGAGGAAAGAAAUGCUGCGAAUUGUUGAGUCAUUACGGAAGGAGGGCGAAAGACGCCGGAGCGCCAGCCCAUUUGCCAGUUCGUCCAACGAGCCACCGCGCAUCGACUAG